AUGCAGAGGGCUAUGCUCGUGCAUGAGCACAACAAGAAGAAAGCAUUGGAGCCCCGCGUCACGGAGCCCAUCAUACUCCCAGAGAAGCCAGAGAAGAAGAUCGAGCCAACCCCACAGAGAGUGACGAGUCCUGCGCCAGAGCCGAAGGCAGAAUCGCAGGCUGAGGGGCAGGCCGAGCAGCAGACUCCGCAGACGGCGACGCAGCUAAACUCCACAGCCGCCGCCAUUGCGUCCUACGGCUUCACCUACGACAUGUCUGCGCUCUAUGCCGCGUAUGGCCUGGGCAUGCCAACUGUGAACGCCAUGAGUGCUGUCAACAUGAUGCCCGGAUAUUCUUUUCCAGCAACUGCGGAUGUCACAACAGCCAUGGCCCAAUCGCAAGGUGCAGUGGCUGCAACUGGCGUGGCAGACACCGUGGCAUCCGAGGCUCCGACUUCUUCCAAAGCGGCUGCGCCAGGGCCUGAACCUGCGUCUCGCGAGGAGACGCUCGGAGCCGCAAUGGCCAAGUCCGGGAUGGCCGUGGGCCCCAAGCGCCCCGGGCCUGUGACACCUGGGGCCGGGGCAGCCGCAGUCGCCACUGCAGUCACUGUUGCGCCAAAGGUGGUUCCUGCGAGGCAUCCGGCGAAGGCCAAGUCCAUAACCCCGGGUCCUGGCCUCGCUGUGCCGGCAGCGACCGUGAUGCCCGAGGUAGUUCCGGCCGCAGCACUGAAUCCGGCACCCGCAACAGUGCCCCCCAAGUCCGCAGCAGUGGCGGUGUCGGCGACACUGCCGGCGGUGGUGCCUGGCGCAGACCUGCUGAGCAAGUCCAAGUCUGCGGCGGCCGCCCCAUCUGCGGUCGAAGCGCAGCAGCUUGCCGACAUGAGUCAGCCGGUGUUUCCAAAACAUCCUCAGUACUCGCCACCCCCGAAGGCUGCACCUACACCUGCGCCAGCCCAGCAUGAGCCAGCCGUGGCUCAGCAUCACAUGGCGUUUAAGUCAGCCCCCCCUACAGCGGCAUACCAGGAGACACAGUCGUUUCAGAAGGCAGCCCCGCAGCAGCCAACCUUUCAAGACAACCUUGCUCAGCAGGCACAGGUGCAGGCCAAAGCAGCACCCCAAGUGCACGAGCAGGCAUACCAGCAAGCACAUGCUCAGCCGCCGGGGCAACAGCAACCGUACCCUCAGAUGCAUGCCAGCGAGCACUAUCAGCAAGCAGACUCCAACACGUAUCAGCAGGCCUACCAGCAAGGAGAUUCCCAGGCGUAUCAACAGCAUGCACACCAACAGACUCAGGCUGCCCAGCAAGCAUCUUCGACGCAGCCAUCUUUUCCGCAACUCUAUGCGAAUGCGUAUCAAGCGCAACAGGAGCAUCCGCAACAACAGCAACAUCACCCACAACAAUACCAGCAACAGCAACAGCAUCACCAUCAGCCACAACACCAGUACCAACAUCCCCAGCAAGCACAAGAGCACUCCCAGUACCAUCCGGAGCAAGCCUCCCAAGAGACACCCCAGACUCGCGUCCAGGCCUUCUCCUUAAAAGAUCGGCCGAAAGCGAGCUCUGAGGAGGAUCACCAGAUGCAGAUGCAGAAGUUCCUUACCAGCGCCAAGGCGGCCAUGAAAGCCGACAGCGACGCGCCUUGGAAGCGGCAGC